AAGGAGGAGGAAAAAGAAGACGAAGAAGAAGAUUGUAAACCCAGCCGCGAUCAUUCGUUAUUUAAUUUGCUAAAACAACUCAGUGAUUUGAGAAAACUCAAGACUCGACGGUGUUCUAACCCAGACAGUGAAAACACGACAUGGCGACAACCAUCAGCACUCAGAGGGGACAGGUGUACAUCGGGGAGCUUCCCCAUGACUUCCUGCGAAUCACCCCAACCCAGCAACAGCAGCAGGUACAACUGGAUGCCCAAGCAGCCAGACAGCUGCAAUAUGGAGGCUCAGUAGGCACUGUAGGGCGACUCAGCAUUACUGUGGUCCAGGCCAAGCUGGCUAAAAACUAUGGCAUGACCCGAAUGGAUCCAUACUGCAGGGUCAGACUGGGUUAUGCAGUCUACGAGACACCAACUGCUCAUAACGGAGCCAAGAAUCCUCGCUGGAACAAGGUGAUUCAGUGCACGGUGCCUCCUGGGGUGGACUCUUUCUACCUGGAAAUCUUUGAUGAGAGAGCAUUUUCUAUGGACGAUAGGAUAGCAUGGACUCAUGUCACCAUCCCUGAAGGCCUGAGGGAGGGCAACGUGGUGGAUGAGUGGUUCAGCCUUAGCGGCAGGCAGGGCGACGACAAGGAAGGCAUGAUCAACCUGGUGAUGUCUUUUGCUUCCUUACCAGCAGGGAUGAUGACUCAGUCUGUUGUCCUAAUGCCCUCUGUGUAUCAGCAGGGAGUGGGAUAUGUGCCCAUUGCAGGAGUGCCUGCAGUCUACAAUCAGGGCAUGGUGCCCAUGGCAAUGCCAACAACCAUGCCAGCUGUUGGGGGCCAGGGGCCAGUGUGCAGUGAGGAGGACCUGAAGGCUUUGCAGGACAUGUUUCCUAACCUGGAUAAGGAGGUGGUUCGCACUGUGCUGGACGCACAGCAGGGAAACAAGGACGCUGCCAUUAACUCUCUGCUUCAGAUGGCUGAGGAGCUCUAACUGCAGACUACACUGAGAAUGGACAUGCCAACAUACAGAUCUGCAUGCACACAGAUAUUAAAAAAAAAAAUAGCCUUCACUCACAGAGAGGCUGCCCACCCUUUUACAAACAUACACAGUCCCCCCACAGUGUGACUUUCUUUCACCCUGUAGCCAUGUCUAAGCUCCCACCAGCGCCACCAGCUCACAGAGAUCUGUUUCGUCUCCCCUUCCUUGUCAGCCAACCAGUACAAAUGAAGUAUGGACUGUCUCUGCUUCCACACAGCUCUCUGUCCCAACUGCUACUUGAUGAUCAGCUCCCUUUGGUUUUAGUAUUUUGUUGAUUUAAAAUUAUGGUAUAUCAAUGGCAGUUGUAUUUGGCUAAAGGGUUGUAUAACAGUAGAGACUCAAACUACACGUUGGGUUGGCAGUAAAUCUUACUAGCUCACAUAAUUUUGUGUUUCUUGAAUGUUUCAUUGUCAUAGUAUUUUACUGUAGCCAUGCUAUUCCUCACACUGAUGCUAGUGUUUGAUUGACAUCGUUUGAGCUGUAGUAAAUCCAUCUUCCAUUUAUGUUGAUCCUUUCCUCAAUAGUAUGCUUUGCACUUGUCUGUUGUAACUUGCAAUGACCUACAUGUGGUUCAUAUGUUGCCGUAAAAUGUUUAGGGCAUCUGCAAUCUAAUUAAUCAUUCUGGAUCUAUUAAAUUAUAUAGAAAUUUGCAUGUGACUGGAGAUUUGAGGAUGAAUGAAUGACUGAAUUAGAAGAAACCUGUUUAAAAGGAAAUAUCCCAGCUGUACACCACAGCCCUCCACUCAGCCAUCUUUCACAAUGAUAGCAAAAUUCUUUCGCAAUGUUUUUAUGUAACCCCUUUUCAGUCUGAGUAAGGAUAUGACGAUUCUGUUAUAAUGUAAUGCCCUCUGGAGUCACUUUUCAAAUGAGCUGUGGAGUUUUAAAGAUGCAGUGUGAAAAUGAAGAUACUUUGAAGCUUUCAGGAUGUUGUCUGUAGAGUUUUGGAAACCAACAACACGUCCAUCUGCUUCUUGAUUGGCUAAACAGCAACAGCUGUUCUCAGAAGCACUUUUUGCCUCUCGAGCUGUGAGGCCAGAGUGACCAGACUUGAGAUGAAAUGCCCCCACCUUCUUACUGUAGGGCCAUCAUCAGGUUCAAACUUGUACGAAUAAAGAAAAGAUUUUGGGAGCUUGUUUAUGCUUCAUUGUUGGCUAUAUCAGACAGCAGCUUCUAUCAGUAUGAGCACAUAGUGUUUUUCAGCGGCUGUAUUUGCAUGUGUUGUAGCGCCUAAAGCUUUCUGUUAUCUUAAGUUUGGUUGUUAAAGCACUGUCUGCCAAAGGUCUCAUUUAAGUGAGGUUGGCUGAAUGUUUGAGGUGUGACUCCAAAACUGUUGCUGUAGAUUUUAAAAAAAAAUUGUCAUGUGAGUUUGUUGUUUUUAAGUCUUAAAUUAAAUUUUCAGAUUUAAAUUUAUUGACAUUCCAGCAACUGCAAAGUUUUAAGUCAGAAGAGAAUAAUAAGUAUCGCAGAGUAUUUUUGGAGCAAUGUGCACUCAGCUGAUAUCAGUUAGUUUGUUGUGAGAAUGGAAAGCCUUUCUGUGAGGUUAUGCCCCUCAAAAUGUCAUACUGUCAUUAAAGUAUUUGAAACAAAA